AUGGUUAUGAUUAAAGUUCCGCAUGUCGCUCCAAGUGAAUCCCUUCCCGAGAGACCUGGAGAGCCACAUUAUCUAUCUAUCUAUGAUUUCCACUUGAAAAAGGAGCAAUGUAAGUUUGGUGCAACCUGCAAAUUUCAUCACCCGAAAGAUAUCCUGAUACCAUCAGCCGAGCAAGAGAAUACAAUUGGAGAAACUGGGACAACAAUUCAGCAGGAGGGAACUAAAUUUUCUGUGAAGCCUCUUGUUUCAUUCAGCCCUGCACUAUCAUUUAACUCCAAGGGUCUUCCCGUAAGACCGGUAAGGACGAAGCAACACGGUGAACCCGAUUGUCCAUUCUAUUUCUACCUAAUUGGAAGUUGCAAGUAUGGGGCCACUUGGGCACGACUUAAGAGAACAGAAAAGGGCACUAUGGGACGAUCUUGUUGCUGCCUCCACAACGCACUCAGCACCGUAGGCAAUACCCUCUUUGGUGAGGAGAAGGCCACGCGAAGAAGUUUGUAA